UUGCAGUUACAGAAGCUGCAGACGUACGACGACCACGUCCAUGCCUCGGCGCAGCACCACUUCGUGCAGUGGCUGAAGGACCGGGACGAUAUCCAGGCGCUGCUGGAGCUGCGGGGAGACAUAGAGGAGCGGCCGUGGCAUGACAAGGCGGUGUUCAGUGACGAGUUCCUCGCGCUCUCCUUCCGCAGGGUAACCGACUUUUCUGCGAAAUUCUCGUGGAGUCGCGCAGCAUGGGAGGAGCUAGGGUUGGACGUUUGA